AUGGGCAUUGUGCUACAAAGGCCCCAUUGUGCCGCCCGCUCCCGCGCUACUCGCCGCACGUCCGCGAAUAUUCAUGCCGGCAAUACACUGCACACAACGAUACCCGCCGGCUCGUACGUUUCACCCGCAGGCCCCGUGCACUGCACCAAUCAAGCCUUAAAGGCCACGGUCCUAACAGAUACACGUACGUGUGCGACACAGACGAAACGUCCGUUCGUAGACUAUUUACAUUACGAUCUACGUGAAUCCGCAAAAUUGGACACCGACCGAAAGACGAACAUUGCGCAUCGACUUGUGAUAUUUAUUUCGAUUACUAUGUCAAUAAAAUUAAAUCACAUUGUUAAUUCAGCACUAUUGCACACAGCCAUAAUGGAUCAGGAAAUAUUUUCUCGGAUCGAGGACAAAAGAAGCGAAGAGCUUUGGAAGGAGGACGAGUCCCUUGCGAAAGUGGACCGCAAUUUACAAAUCUCAAGUGCGAGAGGGCUCUCAACCCUAUGCCAGCAUCACCCC